GAUGGACGACAAACGCGGGAAAACGCCACUCAUCGCGAGAACCGGAGAGACUUUAUUGAUUUAAUAAAAAAUCGAAUUGUUGCCGGCUCGCGUUGCUGGGCAGAAAUUGAGACGUGACUGGGUGAUGCAGGCAACGAAGUGCCCUUAUCUAAUCAGGGUUUUGUGAUAUCAAAUCAAUUUGAGCGCGUCAAUGUUGUCAGUGUAGUUUUGUGCAACCAUGACAAAUAUUCGUCCCAUCGCUCCGGAAUUGGUGAAAAUUGCCAAGGAGGAGCUCAAUGAGGUGCCUGAGAGGAUCAGUGAGGAUCUGGAGGCUCUCAGAGAGUGGAUAAGGAAGCAACCGCACUUGAAGGCCCGAACAGAUGACCAGUUCUUGGUGACUUUCUUCAGGGGAUGCAAGUGGAGUCUCGAGAGGACAAAGCAGAAGUUGGACACCUUCUACACUGUGAGAUCUGCCCUCCCGGAAUUGAUACACCACCGUGAUCCGCUCGAGAAGAGGACUCUGGAGGUGAUUCGGAUGGGAUUUGUCAUGCCACUGCCGCUAACUGAGCGUCCAGAUGGUCCGAGAAUUAUGCUGUUCAGGCCGGGAGUUUACAAUCCGACUCUCCACACAAUUCACGAGAUGAUUCGGGUCAGUCUGAUGGUGAAUGACAUCUUGCUGUGCACGGAUGACAAUCGCAGCAUUGCCGGUCAGAUUGGGAUUGUUGAUCUCGCUGGUGCCACAAUGGCGCAUCUGGGCCAGGCGAAUGUGGUGCUGAUGAAGAAGUUCUCAAUGAUCACUCAAGACGCCUCUCCGUUGCGCCAGAAGGGCUUCCACUUCGUCAAUGCGCCCUCGGGCUUCGCCACUGUCUACAAUCUGGCCAAAGGAAUGUUCAAUGAGAAGAUGCAGCAAAGAUUCCGCGUUCACACAGACCGCGAAUCGCUCUUCAAGUGCAUCCCCAAGAGACUCCUGCCCAGCGAAUACGGCGGAGAAGCUGGUCCCAUUCAGAAGAUCAUCGAUGAUCUAGAGAAAGAUCUGAUUGGUGCGAGGGACUUUUUCAGGGAAGAGGACAACUUCGGAACGAAUGAGAAGAGACGCAUUGGACGCCCAAAGAAUGCAGAGACUCUCUUUGGUGUGGAAGGAUCUUUCAGGAAGCUACAAGUCUAUUGGUUAACCCGAUGCUUGAGAUUAAUCCGAUUGUAUCCUUACUCUCUGGCGCACUUUCUCCUUCAUGAAGUUCCUGAAUGCUCCGAAGGCCACCUCGAAUCCUGCCGCUGUGUUGAAGAAGUGGAAUCCCUUCUGGCGCACCGGUGUCGCCUCGUGAGUCAGCAUGGCGAACUUCUUCAUCAGCACCGGCGUGAGUUGCAGGAAGUGCUUCAUGGUGGUGUUCUCCAUGUCCACGAGCACCGUCUCACCGGCGCACAUCCUGUUGUCGUCCUGCGCCAGCUGCAAAUCGGCAAUCAUCAGGCUCACGCGCAGCACGUCGAUGAUGGAGAAUUGGUCAGGAUUGUAGCAUCCGUAGCGAAUGAGAACGACACGUGGACUGUCCGCAUCAAAGCACGCGCGAAAAUGGCGAAGAUUCGACCGCUGAAUCGAGAGUUGGAGAUUGUGGUGCGAGAGAAGCUGCACGAGGUGCCCGAGAGGAUCGAGAAGGAUCUGCAAGCGCUCAAGGAUUGGCUGGCCAAGGAGCCCCACUUGAUUUCCCGCACCGAUGAUCAAUUCCUGGUGGCCUUCUUGCGGAACUUCAAGUACAGCCUGGAGAAGAGUAAGGAGAUGAUCGACAACUACUACUCUGUGAGAAGCACAAUUCCGGAGAUGAGGAAGGAUCGGGAUCCAGUUAGUGAGCAGAACAAGGCGAUUAUCAGGACGGGAUACUCCCUGCCGAUGCCCAAUUGUCCUCCUGGCGGAUCGAGAAUCUACCUGAACAGGAUAAGUGUGUUCGAUCCCAACAAGUUCACCAUCUACGAGAUGCUGAAGGUGGCCAGCAUGAUAAAUGACAUCGCCAUCAUGGAGGACGAUAAUUGCGUUGUGGCUGGACAUGUGGACAUCAUCGAUCUCAAGGGAAUGACGACGGCCCACUACAUGACCUUCACGCCAACGGUGCUGAAGAAGCUGAUCAUGAUUGCGCAGCAAGCGACUCCGCUGCAUCAGAAGGAGAUUCACUACCUCAAUCUGCCCUCAUCCAUGAUGACGCUCUUCAACAUGUUCAAGAAGCAGAUGAUUGAGAAGAGUGGCGUGAAGAUUCACGUGCACGCCAGCCUGGAGUCCCUGCAAUCGGCCAUACCGCUUGAGUUCCUGCCCGAGGAGUACGGCGGCACGGGCGGAAGCUUGCCGGACAUCAUUGCGGGGUGGGAGAAGAAGCUGGCGGAGAGAAGACAGUGGUUCCUGGACGAUGAGAAGUACGGCACGGAUGAGAGCAAGAGGAAAGGCACACCCAGAACGGCAGAAUCACUCUUCGGCUUCGAGGGAUCUUUUCGUCAAUUGGAAUUCGACUGAGAGAA